UAUCACAUCUCAUCUUCCAUACAAUAUUGAAACCAUCAUUAUGAGGGAAACUUUCCGUGCUAUGCUUGUUCUAGUUGCUGUAUUGUUCUUUGGAGCUGCAGAGUUUUGUUCUGGUCGGAACACAAGCUUUAGCUGUAUAGAAAGGGAGAGAGAAGCCCUUUUGAAGUUCAAACUUUGUUUCCAUGAUCCAUCGCAUAUGUUGUCUUCUUGGAAAGGAAAUGACUGUUGUGCAUGGAAAGGUGUAGAUUGUGACAAAAAUAGUGGAUAUGUUACCUCGCUUCAACUCAGGGGAUCAAUAUCUUAUCAACUUGAUUGGUAUAAACAACCUCAAUUGUGCUUGAUGACCGAUGUAGAGGAGGUUGUUUCAAGUUUGCUCAAGCUAAGCUACUUGGAACACCUGGACUUGAGCAACAAUAAUUUCAGUGGUAAUCUUAUUCCACCCUCCUUUGGCUUGAUGAAGCAGCUGAGGUACCUAAAUCUCUCUAAUGUGCAAUUCAGAGGAAGAAUUCCUAGUGAACUUGGAAAUCUUACAAGGCUUCGUGUUCUUGAUCUUUCUUGGUAUUAUUAUGGGAGAUUGAAGGUUAAUGAUGACAUUCAGUGGAUUUCUCAUCUCUCCUUUUUGCAACGACUUGAUAUGAGUGGAGUAACUCUAAGCCAUGCGUCAUCAAACUUGUUUCAGGUACUUGGCAUGCUUUCUUCAUUAUCAUGGUUGAGUCUGUCAGACUGUAGUCUAAAAAAUUCUCACCUGCCAUCUCACAACCAUCUUCUUAAUUUUACAUGGCUUGGAAAUAUUCAACACUUCGAUGUUUCAGAAAACUCUUUUCAUGGUCCCAUACCUACUUUUCUCCAAAACAUGACUUCAUUGACAUUUCUUGAUAUGAGUGGAGUAAAUCUAAGCCUUACAUCAUCAAACUUGUUUCAAGUACUUGGUAGCAUCGGGCAACUCUCUAAGUUAAAAAGCAUAGCUUUUUCUUAUAAUCAAUUGAGUAGAAGUAUUCCAGAUAGCAUCGAACAACUCUCUAAGUUAGAGAGCAUAGAUCUUUCUGAGAAUCAAUUGAGUGGGAGUAUUCCAGGUAGCAUCGGGCAACUCUCUAAAUUAGAGAGCAUAGAUCUUUCUAAGAAUCAACUGAGUGGGAGUAUUCCAGGUAGCAUCGGGCAACUCUCUAAGUUAGAGAGCAUAGAUCUUGUUAAGAAUCAAUUGAGUGGGAGUAUUCCAGGCUGUAUCGGGCAACUCUCUAAGUUAAAGAGCAUAGAUCUUUCUGAGAAUCAAUUGAGUGGGAGUAUUCCACGUAGCAUCGAGCAACUCUUUAAGUUAGAGAGCAUACAUCUUUUUAGAAAUCAAUUGAGUGGGAGUAUUCCAGAUUGCAUCGGGCAAUUUUCUAAGUUAAAUAGCUUAUAUCUUUCUCACAAUCAAUUGAGUGGGAAUAUUCCAAAUAGCAUUGGGCAGCUUUCUAAGUUAGAGAGCAUACAUCUUUCUCACAAUCAAUUGAAUGGGAGUAUUCCAAAUAGCAUCGGGCAGCUUUCUAAGUUAAAGAGCAUAUAUCUUUCUCACAAUCAAUUGAAUGGGAGUAUUCCAAAUAGUAUCUGGCAACUCUCUCAAUUAGAGAGGAUAGAUCUUUCUAGCAAUCAAUUUGGAACAAGAUUUCCUAAAUUGCAUCAAUUACAAGAGACGAUACGCUUAGUUGAUCUCUCUAAUGCUAGCAUCUCAGGUCCUCUUCCAGAAAAUAUAGAUCUUGCUGAUAAUAAUCUAACAGGAAAGAUUCCUCCUUGUUUUGGAAAGUUUCCGAUUAUGGUGAAUGCAACACAAUUGAGCCAUGACAUGGGUAAUGAAUAUUGGGAUCAAGACCCUUCAAUGGGUAUUUUGCUUGCUAGAUACAUUAAGCAUUGGGAUUUGGAACCUUUGAUGGAGGUUGUAAAAGGGAGAUACCUUGAGUAUAUGAGAAUAACUCUAAGACUUGAGAUUAGUAUAGAUCUUUCGAGGAACAAUCUAAUAGGAUCCAUACCAGAGGAGCUAAUUUUCCUUAAGAAUUUGCACAAUUUGAAUCUAUCUUGGAAUCAUCUCUCAGGAAAUAUCCCUGAAAAAAUUGGACAAAUGGAGAAUUUAGAAUCUCUCGAUUUCUCCAACAAUGGCCUCUCAGGAAUGAUCCCAAACAGUAUGUCAAGUUUAACCAAGUUAAGCUACCUCAACUUGUCUUGCAACAACUUGUCAGGGCCAAUUCCAACAGGCUAUCAGCUCCAAACACUUGAAGAUCCAACCAUGUAUGCUGGCAAUCCUCAACUCUGUGGAGUUCCACUCCUGAAGAAAUGCUCAAAUGAUACAUUGCCCCCAACAAUCGCCAACUUCAAGGGCAAUAGUGAAGGUGCACUUAAAAGAAUGUGGUUUUACAUUGUCGUGAUGUUAGGUUUUGCAACUGGAUUCUGGGCAGUUGUGGGAACUUUGUUUUUUGUGAAAAAUUGGAGAUAUGCUUAUUUUCAAUGGAUGGAUGAUGUCCAACACUGGAUACUUGUGGUUAUAACAUUAAAGGUGGCACAAUUCAAGAUGAUGUUCAAUGGCGACCAAGAUGAUCAAUAAGUUAUAUAUGGAGUAUGUUGUUGUUGCUAUAUUAAUUAUUAAGUUAGUUGGACAACACCAUAUCACAGGUAAUAGUGUCAAGUCCAACUUUGAAUGACCCAAUUAGUAUUAGAAUUUGUAAAAUUUUCAAUAAUAUAACAUAGGUUGUAAUUCUAUAAGUUUCACAAAAAUAAAAAUUCAUAAAUUCU